UCAAUCGUGCAAAAAUGUCAGUUGGGGAACUUGGUUGUACCUACGCUGCUUUACUUCUUUUCGAUGAUGGCAUUCCAAUUACUGCAGAGAAGAUUGCUACGGUGGUGAAGGCAGCCAAUAUUUCAGUGGAGUCUUAUUGGCCCAGUCUUUUCGCCAAGCUAUUUGAGAAGAGGGACAUUGAAGAUCUCAUCUUGACUGUUGGGACAGGUGGCGGUCCAGCCGUAGCUGUUGCUGCUGCCCCGGUUGCUGGAGGUGGUGGUGCUGCUGCUGCUCCCGCUGCUGAGGAGAAAAAGGAGGAGAUAAAGGAGGACAGUGACGAGGACUUGGGAUUAAGCUUGUUUGAUUAGAAGUUUCUCUCUUUUAAGACAUUGUUGGCUUUUCAUAUUUGGCUUAAUUAGGUGUUUUCCUGAGAAGGUUAAUUGGCUAAUUGCUCAUUAUUCUUAUCAUUCAUGGAAUGUGUUGAAGACACUAAAUUGAUGUCUAAAUAUUACUGUGCUUUGCCGAUAUUGUUCUCUCAUU